AUGCCGACCGACAUUUCCUGCGUCGGACCAGGACCGGGUUGCCAAUCCAUCAGCGUCGCCGCGAGUGCACACGCUGCAGACGCUAGAGAGGCACAGGCAGAGGCACACACAGGCAGAGCUCAUUUCAGCUGGUCUGAGUUCGUUUCUCUGCACAGAACAAUUGACGCAGCCGGCCACGAGGCUCGCAGGGCAGAGUCGACGUCCACACGACGCAGCAGCCAAGCAAGCAUGGCCGCAGAGGUCAUGGCAGCACCUCAUCACCCUCACAACACCACCAGCUCCCCUUCGUCCGUUCCAGCAUUCACCCUCUCUCCACAGCAGGAGCCCUCCAUACCAGACCCUUCGCAUACCGACGCUCCGGCGCAUCGAUCAAAGCAGGACCGCCUACCGAUCUCGCACACGCACACGCACACUCGCAUCCACACUCAGACAUCGACACAAGACAGAAUGUCGCAAUACUCCUUGGCAUCAGCACACUCCAGACCGCAGUCAACCGUCCUCCCUCCGUUCCAGUCAAGUCUGUCCUACGCUCUUGUGCGCGACUUCGCAUACCCACCAUACCACCCCAUGCACUUCGGAGGCAAACCAGAGCACCCUUCAGGCGCAAGCACACCAUCAGACUGGAAUUCGGGACGCAGAAUGUCAGACAGUGCAGAGUCAAGUGCCAUGGGCGGUCGAGCAGGUCCGUGGGGCGGCGACGGAUUGCUCUACCGCGACCCAGACCCAGACAUGGAACCGUUGCCAAGCACAUCCUUCGGCAGUGCCAGUGAAUUUCACGACUGGGCCGACGAUGAGACAUCCUUCCGGAAGAGCAAACACCGCAAGAGCAGAUCCUUCUACGACAUUCCCAACUACGAACGCGGUCGACGACGAGAGUCCAGCCGAACAAGCAGAGGCGACGGAGAGUUCGCAUAUCUAACCCAAUCGCAAUCAGACCCGGCAGGACGCGAUGCCUUGAGACAGAGCCGUGGAUUUACGACAACCGAGAAUGGCGAGAACCGACGAGACUCCCACUUCGCGACGACACUUCCGAAUCGCAGCUUUCACACUUCCCAGCAACCCAUCGACCCCGACAGCGAUCUACCCCUAGACGCCGAACCUUCAUUACACCAUUCGCCGCAGCGAGAAAGCAUGGGUCCAGAGGACGAAGAGCUGUUUGCUGGCAAGUCACUAGCCCUUUAUGGCUUCGAACCGGAGAACGAGAACGAAUUGCGCCUCACAGAAGGACAAAUAAUCAUGGUAUCAUACCGGCACGGACAGGGAUGGUUGGUGGCAGAGAACCCAGAGACGGGAGAACAGGGCCUUGUGCCAGAACAAUACGUGAGAUUACUGAGGGAUAUCGAGGGCUGGGACGAAGAAAAGGGCCAAUUCAUUGACGAGGACCCAUUCGCCGGAGACGACACCACCACCACCCCAAUCGCAGAAACGCCGAAUACUUAGGAAAUUUCGGUCUGCAACUCCGAUUGGGGUAGGAAGUCUAGGGUCGCAGCAGCGGCAUCAUACUAUCAAGCUCUGGGAGCAAAGAAGA